AUGGACGGGAAAGGUUUGGGACAGUACAUGAUUGAUAAUUCUAGCAAGCGUUUGUCGAUCAGUCUGGAGCUUCCCGAAGCGAUUCGACUCUCAGCGAAUCGAGCAGCGUUGGUUCUGGACGCGAUCGAAGGUUCUUACCACUGUUCCCCAUCGUCUUCCUCAGCCAGAGCGAUCGAUGGAAGAAGGGUUUUCGUUUUGUUAUUAGAAGCUUUGAUCGAGGUGAAUGCGAAUCUCACGAAUGAUCUGAGAGAAAGAGCGAGAACGCUUGCUUAUGAUUGGAAAUCGAAUAUAGGUAACAAACCAUCAGAGGCGUUAGGGUUUCUCCACUUGGUCGCAGUCUUUGAAUUGGGGUCUCUGUUCAAAAUCGAGGAUCUUGCUGAUUACGUUUUCUUGAUCUCAAAGUGCAAACAAGCAGCAACGAUCUGUAAGAAGAUUGGUUUAGAUAAAAACCGAAUCGCAGGCCUCGUUCAGAAGUUCUUGCAUACUGGGAGAUUGCUCGUUGCGAUUAGAUUCAUCUACGAGUUUGAGAUGACUGAUAGAUUCCAACCAGUUGACAUAUUGAAAACAAGUUUGAAGAAUUCUAGAGAAGCUGCCAAGAGAGUUUGCGCCGAAGGGAAUUACUCUGUCAAGGCACAGAACGAAGCCAUUGAUAAAGAGCUUAACGCCUUGAGAACAGUGAUCAAAGUCGUCAAAGAGAAGAACCUCGAAUCCGAGUUUUUACAAGAGAAGCUCGAAGAUUGCGUUCGAGAGUUGGAGAAGCAGAAAGCAGAGAGGAGGCGUGAUAACACUGUUAAUCCCCAGAAACCACAGCAGCAGCUCGGCAACAAGCGUCCUCGAGUUGCUAUGGGUAAGAAUUUGACAAUCCCACCUCUGAGUCAGCAACAGCCACUUUUGCCUGAUCCUAGCCACGGUUUACUAGUGAACCCAUAUGGUCUUGUGAACUCAGUACGACCUGGUGUUACUGUCAACCCAUUGACUCUAUAUGGCUCGGUAGUCCCAGCUCCGGCUCUAGCUUCUUUACCUGUUUACAAUGAGCAGCAGAGUGGUUAUGGUGGAUAUGGGUUCGCACCUCAAUACCACCCACCUUACUAUUAA